CCAUGAAAGAUCUGAAGAAAUGUAUCAGCAGUUACAUUCAGGACUUGCCAUUAGAUGGGGACUUGACAUUAGAGUCAUCCCGUGGAAAGAGACAGGGCCACAUGUGCAUGGACUUUCUGCAGUCAAUAGACCAGACAGGCGAACUCACAGAUACGUCUGCCAUUCCAGUUGAUGUGGUGAAGUAUGAGAGGAAUGUUCGUGCUGAGCGUUCAUCACGUGUCCUGGAUGAGACCAGGUAUCUGGAGUUUGUGAAUGCACGGAGGGCCUCAUUUAUCAUCAGCCCCAAGUCAGCACUGAAGUUUCGUGAAUGGCUGCGAAUGAGGUCGGAUGGCAACAGUGAGACUCCAAAAAUCAGCAGUGUUACUUAUGACUUGCUAGGUUAUAUGGCUUACGAGACAGUGGCACAGAUAGUGGACCUUGCAUUGCUGGUACGACAAGAUAAUUUGGCAUGUCCAGGUGCCCCAUUCAGCUGGUACAUGCCUGCAACAGGCUAUUCGACAGGCCAUUCUCUGGACUCCAGACAGAUAGAGUCUGCAGGUCCACUGACCCCAGCUGAGAUAAGAGAGGCACUGCGACGUUACUGGACGUCCCCCAUUGGACCUGCUGCUUUGUUUACGCGCAAUACUUUGUCACAUGUACACACACAUGUGCUGAGUUGUUGAUCAUAAUGUGUAGAUGCUGGACUGGUGUUUCUUUCAGUAAAUCAGAGGUCACCUCUUGGGUCCUGGAUUGGCUUAAGAGUCUGAACUGACUCCUCACUUGCAGGAAACCACAGACAUUUCUUUUUUGUGUUUCUUGCUUAAAUAUCAGAAUAAAUUGUUUAUACUCAA